AUGGGGACGGCGCUUUUUGGGAAGUUCAAACUUGCAACACUUACCCAGAAGAAGGCAGGGCCAAAAAAGGUCGAACGGAAAACGAAAAGCCACAAGCCAGCCAAGACCGAGAAUGAAAAGUUAUUGGAGAGGAAGACAAGGAAGCGCAGUGGGUGCUUCUGUUGCCGCAAGAGGCGGAUCAAAUGCACUGGUUCGAAGCCGUCAUGCGACAACUGUGUGAAGGCGUCCUACUUGUGUGUGUGGCCGAACGGCGACGAGUCCCUGCCCCAUAACACUGAUUUUAAGUUAAUUAAGGUUAACUGUGGCUCUCAGGAGGAGGUGAAAAAUGAGGAGCAGAGCAUAGAAAUGGCCAGCUUUGAAUCCAGCGAGUUGUGUUCGCCCGAUGACCCCCUGCCAUUGGUAAGACAUUCUUCACCUGAAGCGUUUGGCGCACUCAUGACCGUUGCGGCAAAACAUAAAUCUUCGGAGGUGGUUGAGGACGCUCUUUUCCGCAAAUUCUUGCUUGAAAUCAACUCAUCGGUGCUAUUGCAGGUCUAUCCGCAGCUAACGACGUUCCCCUACUUAUCGCCACAAGACACGCAUCUCUAUGAUGCGUUUGUCAACGGUUUCAUAACGGACAUCUCUCCGCAGCUGGCUCAUUUCAAGCUCCAGCCCGCGUCUGCGUUUAUUCCUUCUGUCAUUGACAACUCGAUUGUCCAGGGCUUGUUUUUUGCCUCGGGAGCUGCCUUCCUCUACUCCUCAACCAAAAAUGUUGAAAUGAGAAAACUAUCCACGCAGAAGUUCAUUGAAUCUGCCGGUCAGCUCAAUUCUUAUAUUUCGACCCACGACAUCACCGGCAACUCGGAUUGGAUAAUCAUAUACCUACUUGUGGCUUAUCUCAAGUUGAGGUUUAUCCACGAAGGUCAGCGAACAGAGACGUUGAGCAUGAUCAGUAUUAUCGAAGCAAUGAAAAUAUGGCUUACCAACAAGCAGAAAAGAAGUGCAGGCGACGAAAGGGGUAGUGUCCCAAAGAUAACGGAACUGGAUAUUGAACCAGUCUUCGAUGAAGUAGAUGGCGAGUCGAUGAAGAUACCUGAUUUGGGCCCACCCGAGGGUCUCGAUGUUGAGAGCGAUACGGCAACUGCGUUUAGUAGAUUGGCCAAACGGUUUAAGCUGAUAUCAAGUCACUGCGGCCCAUCCUCAACCGUCGUGGCAAACCAGCCCUCGGUACCCGUAGACCCCUCUUCAGUGGAAACAGAGAUGUAUCUAGCCUUCAACGAGGGUAACAACAAAGACAAGAGUAGCAGGGUGCUUCUGCCUUACGAACGGACAAUGAUUGAGUCAUUUGCCUUCAACUACAGUAGCUUGAUGUUUGUUUGUGACAAGUCUUUGAUCCCCCAAAUGACAUCUCCUUUCGUCAUCUUUGACAUGCUGAGGCCCUACCUUUCUGUCCCAAUAUACAAGUGUGCUGUCCCCUGGAUGAACCACCCUGUAGCAGGCGCAGCGUUGCCUAUUUUCGAGCUUCAGGCGAAGGUGUGUUGGUUGGGCCACUUCUCCCCUCUAUCUGAAGAGCACAAGAAGCUGGUGUCCAAGAUCAGAAGUGUUGCCAACUUCAACACCCGGCCGAUCCUUCCAAUCGAGGUCCACACAAAGGAACCCGAAAAUGUGCAAAAGAAACUACUGGAAAGCUGUUAUGCUGCUGAGUUCGUCUCCAAGGCCGUCUUCAUAUACUCCACCAAACUACUAUACCCUGACAUGGAAUACGACGGUGAGUUGAUCCAAUCCACAGUGGAGCAGGCCUAUGAGAACCUGUUGAACAUCUCCAUUCAGAGCCAGAUACACAUGAUUUUGGGCUUCGCCUUUGCAGUGAUCGGUUCGGUUGCCGUGCAGAAGAAGCACCGUGAGUACCUAGUUUGGAAGCUUAAACGGCUAGCCACAGUAUUUUGCGUUUCCACCUUCGACACCAUCAUAUGUUUCUAUCAAAUCGCAUGGUCGAAAACGGCUGAUGGGACACGGGAAAGAGGUUGGGACACUUUGGAUGACGCUGAGGCCAUCAAAACUUUAGUCAUAUGA